CAGUUGGGACGCAAGAUCUGGGGCUUCUCUUCUGUGGCCCGCCGGGUGGCUCCCGCCUUUGCGGCCAUUACGUAGGUCCCAGGAAGAGGCGGAAGAAGCGCGGGACCGGCCGCACUCAUGGAGCCCAACCUGCGCUUCGGGAUCGCCCAACGCCAAUCUUUUUUUCAGAGAUUUCUUCUCUGGACAGAAUUACUAGAUCCUACAAAUCUGGUCAUUUCAAUUGAAAAAAUAGAAAAAUCAAGGCAACUCUUGUUCACCAAUGAAGAUUCGGCCAGAAGCAACCUAGACGACCAAAGGAUUAAAGAUGCAUGGAAGAUGAGUCUCUCCACCGUGCAUCCUGACAGCAGCAGGCUGAUCCCCGCUGUCUUCCGACCUGCAGCUUUUCUCCCCUUAACAGCACCCAUGGUAUUCUUGUCAAUGAUGCCAGCCAAAGGAAUAAUGUCCAUGGUUUUACCGCAGGUUUCCUUCUAUGCUUACACCACGGCAUUCACCAUCAUCAAUGGCAACGCCAGUUAUAGCCACACUCCAGUAGAGAGAGUAUUACUAGGAGGGGGCGUGUUUGCAUCUUCGGCUUUCCUUGGAUUACUCCCUCAGUUAGCCCAAAUGAAGUAUUCCCUGGAAUAACCUUGGAUCAAAAAAGCCUUGCCUGUUGUCAUUUUUGCCCAAGUCAGUGGCUUGAGCACCUUUGCAUCUCGAAGUUUUGAGUCCACCCGAGGGAUCGAGGUUGUGGAUAAGGAAGGCAGUGUCCUAGGCCAUUCCAGAAGAGCUGGGAGGAAGGCUGUUAGGGAAACAGCAGUUUCCAGGGUGUUGCUGUUUGGGACCUCAGCUUUUAUCCCUGAAGUCUUCACCUACUUUUACAGAAGGACCCGGUUUUUCCUGCAGAAGCCAUGGUCCUUAUGGACCACCAAGCUGUCUUGUACCAUCCUGGUAAUGGGACUGAUGGUGCCAGCCUCUUUUAGUAUGUUUCCACAGAUCGGACGGAUACAGUGCAGUAAGCUUGAAAAGGAAAUUCAGUCUUUGACAGAAGAAACAGAACUGUUCUAUAACCGAGGGGUGUAGGAGCUGGUUCUAGGUGAGGUUGUCUGGCUCCUGCUU